AUGGGACCGAAAAACGGUCAUCGCGCUACAGAACUCUUACGCUCUUACCGUUUACAAAAACCAAGGCUUGAUUCUGUCGAAAACGUGAACAUAUUUACAGUAAAAUUCAACGAGGAUCUUCCUGAAGAAAAAGAUUCACACCUCGAUAUACGCGUGGGAAAACGGCAAAUUCUGUCUUCGUUUGUAUAUAAUGCGUGGUGGAAUUCUCCAAGUGAAUUCAUUUUUGAAUUUCUUGUAAGAAAAACUGGCAGUUUACAAGAAGUUGAGUCUCCAGUACUCGAUAUGAGUUUCGAUUUUGCGGAAAAUUCGCUCAUGCCAUACGACUUAGGAUGA